AUGGACAUUUCAGCAACGACAAGGUCGGGACCCUCGGCAUCCAGUCUUUCAACUGGCGAGUAUCAGGAUCGUGCUCCUCGACCGUCGCCCGCUCGAGGACAGUCCAAUGUGACUUCGGUUGGGUGGGGUCACUUAUCGUCGUCUUCCGGCCUCGUCUCGCCGCCUGCAGAAUCAGCUGGUCAGAGCGGAUUCUUGGGCAAGAGGAGUCGAGGCACGGGUACGGGAAGGCCAGGGUGGGAGGGCGAGGAGGUGGUCGGGGUUUUAAGAGAGGAUGGGAUGCCAGCUGUGCCCUCAUUUGCGAAUCAGCUCUCACGGGUUCUGCUCGUGCCCCUGUCCGACUCUCCGACUUUGCCUUCGCUGUCCUUGCUCUUGGCCCAAGGGACUACACCGUCGGCCAUCUGUUUCCAGCAAGACUUGCUCGACCGAGCCAGACGGACCGAGGCCGACUGGCUACCUAGUGCUUUACAGAUGAUUGGGACAGCGACUCGAAGAGGUAGCGAAGGCUCUGUACAGCAAGAUUCGGACAGCAAGGAACGUCACAUACACGUCAUCGCCUAUUCGGCCAACCCGGCGCUCGCCCCAUCCGUCGUGGAUGAGUGUUUAAGAGCCGGAGCCAUCGGGGUUCUCCAGCCGCCCUAUGACAACGAGGUUACACUGAAGAAGAUUCGCAGGAUGAUCAUGUGGGCCGAGAGGAGUCAGGAGGUCAGGCGGUCAUUUGACGCUUCCCAGGAGGCGGGUUUGGCAGAGCAAGAGGAGGUGCAAAGGUCGGCCGAGGCGUUCGUCAGGCGGGAAGAGCAAGUUUUGGAGGACGCUGCCGCUGUUCCCUCGAUUGUUCCAGAAGCAGAGUGUCACGAUGACGAAGGGAAACUGGACGCAGAUGAGCCGACCGAGGCUGAACUCACGACGGGCCCCGCCAAGACGCUCUACAGCCAUCUAGCCGCCUACGACUUUUCCUCACGCCGUCGAUCGGUCGACAACGGUGGAUUGUCGCUGGCGCUCGAGCGAGCACAUCAGGCGGCCAAACAGAAUCGGUUCAAGUCGGCCGCCGACAUUCACGCCCCACCUCCUGCAAUGACUCCGCCUAUCAAGCAGGAUAGAUCAUCGUCUCUGGCUGGACUCGAAGGCUAUCUCAUCACGCAGCAGGAGGAUCCGCAGGGAGACGCAACUAUCAUAGCGGAGCUUCUGGGCGAGAUGUAUCGACAGACUCGGAUCAGCAUCGAGAUCCAGAUGAUUGAUUAUGCGGAAUUUUCGGCCCCGCUGGAACCUGCUCAUCGUGCACGGCUCGUCGAAGCGCUUUCUACAUGGAACUUCCGGCCUCACAUCCUGGAUGAAGCGGAUCUCUUCCGAUGUGCUUGUCUGCUGUUUGAAGCUGUCCUGCGCAUCAAGGGGCUUGCCGAGUUGGGCAUAACUGCAGAUCAAAUCAACCGCCUGUUAUUUGCUAUUCGAGCGAUUUACCAUGCGCCUAAUCCUUAUCAUAACUACAUCCACGCCGUCGACGUCUUACAAGCGUCAUACACCUUUCUCGUCGCCGUCGGCGUGGCUCCGCCCCCUUCGAUCUUGCUCGAUACCACGAGUGGCCCUUGGUACAGAGCCGAGAUUGUCGACAAUGGCAACACGGAAGAGUACAACGCCAAGGUCGCGACUCAGAGUAUCCUUCGCCCUCAAGACGUGCUAGCUGUCAUGCUCGCUGCUAUGGGUCACGAUGUCGGACAUCCGGGCCUCAGCAACGUCUUUAUGAAAAACGCCAAAACCCCGUUGUCACAGGUCUAUGAAGACAAGUCCGUCCUGGAAAACAUGCAUUGUAUGUUGAUCGUGCAGUUGCUACGGAAGCACGGGUUCGGUUUCUUGCUCGAGCGCUCCCAGUCGACUGGUCUCGGGACGGCUCUCCCUGAUGGAGCAGUUGAAGAUUGGAAGAGUUUCAAGAAGCUUCUCUACUCGACUGUACUCGCGACCGACAUGAGCAUUCACUUCAACUGGAUUAAGCGCUUUAUCGAUUACGGCAAGCGGAUGCGAGCCGAUGGUGUCCAGUCGUUAGCCAAGCCGGAAGAAGAGGAGGCGAGAAUCUUACUCUCGCAGGCCAUCAUUAAAUGCGCAGAUAUCAGUAACCCAACCCGUCCGAUCGAAGUGUCGGAACACUGGUCAACCGUAUUGCUGGCGGAAUGGGCCAACCAGGCUAGUCUGGAGCAAGAACUGUCUUUGCCCAUCUCGGUCGUCGCCAGCGCCGAUGCUGCUAUACAAGCAAAGGGUCAAAUCGGGUUUAUCGAUCUCUUCACCCUGCCUCUCUUCGAUGCGGCUGCAGACGCCAUGCCUGGUUUGCGAUACUAUGCUGAGGCCUGCGGAGAAAACCGGGCUCUUUGGCAAGAUCGCUUCGAUGCGAUCAAUGCUCUGGCAGCCACCACUCCACCCCCGCCUAUCAAAGCGCUCUCGAUCAGAUCGGAGAAUACCGCCUCACUCGAAGCGAGAUAUCGAAACCUCUUCCCUCUCUCACUCCCUCGAUCAAUGUUUCAAGGAGCUUCUAGCGCUACCGGCUCGACAGCCAGCUCACCAUCUACUCAAUCGGUUCAUAAUCUCGCCAUCGACGAGGCCGCUCUCGCAGAUAGCCAUACCAUGAGGUCCGCCUAUAUCGAACAUACCACUCGUCGAUCGAGCAAUACCCCAUUUCGAACGCCUCGUCUGAAGCGUUUCCAACAAUAG